AUGGAGCGCACACAUAGGCCUCUGGUUCUUCGUCUGCGCUUGCCAUGGCUACUCAUCGUUCCUGUAGCCCUCGCGGUCGUGGGGACGGUCUUGUUGUUCAUGCACUCGGACUACAACAUGCCCGCGCUGUACUCUCAAUGCCGUGCGCAUUCACGGCUGCAUAACCUCUCCAGGAUACCGGUCAUCGGUCCCCCAUCGUGUUUCCUCAUCAGCUUCUUCCAUUUCGCCAACGCCUCUGUCCGCUCGUUCGCCCGCAUGAGCGUCAUUCUGUCCUUUGUGGCAGCGCUUCUGGCCACCAACCUUGUCGAGUCUGCCAGGCUGUGCAACAAGCCCAGCCGCGUCAUCUCCAAGCCAACCAUCCCUUGGCUGCUCUUCAACUUGAUCGGAGGCACCCUGGUCUGGGACCUGGUCAUCGUGCCAAGUUUCUUGAGGAGGGCAAAGGACGUUCAGGCCGCCCGGGAGUCUGCGCAGGCCGACAGUCUGAGAGCGGACGACUCCGAGAUCGAUCGCGAGGUCCGCGGACUGUCCAGCCAAGUGGAGGUUUGGGCCAUUCCGAUUGCUGUUGUGGUGGGCUUCGUGGUACCGAGUCUCGUGAUGCUGAUCGUUAAUAACCCCGUGAGCAUUGUUGUCUGGCUAUUCUUUCCGCUCUGGGUGGCCUUGGCACGCUACGCAGUCAAGGUGGUUGGGGUCAACGCCGUUACGGAUCCUGAGCCCUACCAUCUGGAGUCGCGUCGAUUGUCGUUGGUCGGGCUCUAUGUUGUGCCGGUAGUCUGUUCGAUUUUGGCCCAUGGAUUGUUGAUAUGGAACCUCUUCAGCCCAGAAGACCGGAGGGAGAUGACGAAGGCCACGAUACACUUCAUCGAAAUCGAUGUCUCGAUCAUCGGAGCAACCGUCUUAUAUUGGAUUCUUGUCGAGGCAGGAGUGGUCGUCACUUUAGCAUUCAUUGGAUUGUCCAUCCUUCUUGGUCCUGGAGCUGGGCUGUGUGCUGCGUGGAUUCUGAGAGAGAGAGCUAUCGAGAGGUACUCUGAUGGCCCGCAGCGCUCGGAGGACGGUGCAGAGCAAAGGCCUAGUAAUGAGGAAACGCCUCUGCUUAGUUGA